GUAUAAUAACAUCUACGAGUAUCCAGGUUGGGCACUUGCUGCUGGUUGGAGUUUAGCCCUCUGUUCAAUGGUUAUCGUUCCCGUCUAUUGUAUAUACAUUUGGUUUUCCACUCCAUAUUCUCCAGAUAAAUUUAAGAAACUUUUUGGGUCGUCUCAAACUCCUUUUUACGACAAACCGGAGACCAAUGAUCACAGGAUAGCAAACAUAUCGGAAAAUUCACUAUAACCGGGAAUAUCACUGAUUAUCUGUCAAUCAUACCGUGUAAUCGUCUCUUAAUAUUACAUUAUUAUUAUAUAUUCAUUCAGUUUUUACGAUAACCAUUACCUGCGCUAUACUAAGCAACUCUCAUAAUGUGUUUUUCUAUUAUUACAUAUGAACUCAGAGUAAAUAUUAUAAUAAUAUAUGAAAAAUAUUGUUUAAACAUUAUUAUUGAAAAUGAAUAUGUUUGGCAAAAAA